AUGACAACAACAUUCAAAACUGUAGCUAUUGCCGGAGCCACGGGUAAACUGGGUUAUCCGAUCGCUGAAGCUUUUUUAAAUGAUGGAUCAUAUAAAAUUAAGAUUCUUCGUCAGAAACCUGAAAAUAAAAAUGAGAGAGCCGAAUUAUUAGCUUCGAAAGGAGCCGAAAUUGUCUAUGUUGAUUAUACUCAAAAGGAUGAUUUGGUUAAAGCACUCAAGGGAACUGAUGUGAUUGUAAGUACCUUAGCUCCCAAUAAGGCGCAUAUCGAUUUUUGUACUAUUCAAAUACCAUUGUUGAACGCUGCUAAAGAAGCCGGUGUGAAGAGAUUUAUUCCAUCGGAAUUUGGUGGUGAAUAUACGCCUGGUGCUCAUCCGUUUAUUAAUAGCAAAAUCCAAUUUCGGGAAGAACUAGAAAAAAACGGAAUAGAAUAUACGUACAUCUUUACUGGAAUAUUCCAAGAAUUUAUUGAAAUGUUAGGAUUUGAUCUUAAGAAUAAGACAGUUACAUUUUACGUGGACGGCGAUCCAAAGAUACACUCCACUUCUUUAGCGGAUAUUGGUAAAUAUACCGUCGAAUCACUUAAAUUACCUGAAGCUCGUAAUGCUACCAUUAGAGUAGCCGGUUCAACUUUUACAAUAAAGGAAAUUCUUCAAAAGUUUGAAGAAGCUACUGGUUCAAAAUGGAAAAUUGCUGAAGAUAAGGAAGUUCGACAUCGAUUCCGUAACCAAAUCGAACCAAUUCCAUCAAUCGUCGAUGAUUUUAGAGUUUUCAUUCUCGAAAAUGGUACACUUAGUAAAUUGGAUAAUGAUAAAUUUAGUUUUACUCCUCGUUCUCUUACCGAACAAAUUAACACCAUGAAUUAUUUAAAUCACUCGAAUGCUGCGAUUAGAGUAUCUGGUUCAACUGAGACAUUAAACGAAAUUCUUCAAAUGUUUGAAGAAGCUAUUGGUUCAAAAUGGAAGAUAAAAACUUUCAUUUGCGAAAAUUCACUCAGUAAAUUAGAUAAUGAUAAAUUUGGUUUUACACCACAUAAAUCAUUUAGUGUAAAUUAUACAUAUAUUAGAAAUGAUAAUGGAUCAAUAAAUGUUUAUCAACAACCUUCAAAAAUUCAAAAAUAUCAUCUUCUCACUCCAUCAUCAAAUAAUCCUCAUGUAUCAAUUAUAAGUAAACAAACUUCGGAUAUUUUAUGGGAUGCAAAAGUAAUUAGUUCAGAUGAGAAUUCCGAACCUAAUGAACCAAAAAUAACACCAACCGCUAAUUGGGAAUUUAAAGGUUACGCGUGUACUUGGAAUGGGAGAGUAUUUUUAUGGAAAUUAUAUGGAAAUGGUGGAAAUAUUUAUUGUACUGAAGGAUUAAGUGAAUUAGGUAGAAAGGUUGCAGAAUUUGAUGAUAAAUCCAAUACUAUAACUAUUGAUUUGAAUGGGGUGGCUAUAUCUCAAAAAUCAUCAUCUCAAAGAUCAUUAGCAUCCGUAAAUGAUGAAUUAAGGGAUACCGCUGAAAUUGAAUCAUUCGAAUCAUUCAUGUUAUUAACUGGUUUAAUUGCUAAAAAUUCAGCAAAAAAAUUACAAAACCCUGUUAAUCGUAUGAGUAACUAUGGUGAUAAUACUUAUUUAUUUAAUUAUACUCCAUUCUUUGUUUGUUGUGGAAUCCUUCAAUUGACUUAA